UCUGUGAACUUCCGUGUAACUUAAGUAAGAAAGAAAAUUCUGGGCUAUCGCCCAGCUUCUGUCGGCCUCCAGCGGUGAUCUGGCGUAAUUUUCGCUAACGUUUGGCCUCGGCGUGGGAAGUUAUACACGACUUUGGAGAGAGCUCAGCCGCAGCAGCCAUAACAGGCAGGCGGUGUGUGUGAGAAGUCCGAGCCUGAGGCGCUAACCGCCGGGGAGCUAAUAGCCUCUAACAGCGGGCAGACAGAUGGCCGUGCGGCUCUUUGAGCCUUAGCUGUCAGCAUGGAGGACGACAACGGACUCGAUGGAGAUCUGAACGCCAACGUCAGGUGUCAGAGGACCGGCGACCCGAAGCUUGACAAGGCGGUGCAGCACUGGUUAGCCUGGGACAGGAACCAGUGGACCCGGGCUCAGGUGGAGUCUCUGGUGGGGGCGGGACGUGUCGAUGACCUGAGGCGGAGACUCUGCAGCAGGAUGAGUUUCGGCACUGCCGGGCUUAGAGCGCCGAUGGGAGCGGGAUUCAACCGGAUCAACGACCUCACUGUCAUCCAGUCCACACAGGGCCUAUACUCCUACCUGUGCCGGUAUUUCGCAGACUUCAGCGGCAGAGGCGUCGUGGUGGGCUUCGACACCAGAGGACAGGAGGAGAGCGGCUGCAGUAGCCACAGGCUGGCGAAGCUGACGGCUGCUGUGCUGCUGAGCAGAGACGUCCCUGUGCAUCUCUUCUCCUCCUUCAUCCCCACGCCGUACGUGCCUUACGCUGUGAAGAAGCUGGGGGCUGCAGCCGGAGUGAUGAUCACAGCGUCGCACAAUCCAAAAGAAGACAACGGAUACAAGGUGUACUGGUGUAACGGCGCCCAGAUCACCUCGCCUCACGACAAAGAGAUCCUGCGAUGUAUAGAGGAGCAGCUGGAGCCCUGGAGCGCCUCCUGCUGGGACGUAGGGCUGGUGGAUCGCUGCUCCCUGAGGACCGACCCCCUGACCCAGAUCAACAGCUGCUACAUGGAUGAGCUCGCCUCCCUCUGCUUCCACAGGGACCUGAACAGCAGCUCCCCGCUGAAGUUCGUCCACUCCUCCUUCCACGGCGUCGGCCACGCCUUCGUGCAGCAGGCCUUCCGGGUGUUCGGCUUCCCCCCACCGAUCGCCGUUCCGGAGCAGAAAGACCCCGACCCCAACUUCUCCUCGGUGCGCUGUCCCAACCCCGAGGAGGGAGAGUCCGUGCUGGAACUUUCUUUCCUUCUGGCAGAGCGGGAAAACGCCCGCGUCGUCCUGGCGACGGAUCCUGAUGCUGACCGGUUGGCUGUAGCAGAGAAGUCUGACGGGUGUGGCUGGAAGGUGUUCACAGGUAAUGAGCUGGCGGCCCUGCUGGGCUGGUGGAUGUUCUUCACGUGGAAGGAGAACCACUCUGAACCAGCAGAUGCUCGGAGCAUUUACAUGUUGGCGACCACGGUGUCCUCGAAGAUCCUGCAGGCCUUCGCUCGCAUCGAGGGGUUCCACUUUGAGGAAACUCUGCCGGGCUUUAAAUGGAUCGGGAAUAGAAUCCACGAGCUGUCCAAAACAGGAAGCAGAGUCAUCUUCUCCUUCGAGGAGUCCAUCGGGUUCCUCUGUGGGGACACAGUCCUGGAUAAGGACGGCGUGAGCUCGGCGGCGGUCGUGGCUGAAAUGGCCGCUUACCUUCACAACAAGCACCUAAGUCUGAGCCAACAGCUGCACAACAUCUACCAGACGUACGGGUAUCACGUGUCCAAAACCUCCUACAUCAUCUGUAACGACCCUCCCACCAUCCAGAGGAUCUUCAGCCGCAUCAGAAACUUUGACGGCAGCGGCUCGUACCCGAAGACGUGCGGCGGCGUCCAGAUCGCUCAUGUCAGAGAUGUUACCACGGGAUACGACAGCAGUCAGCCAGACCUCAGAUCUGUUCUUCCUGUGUCCAGGAGCAGUCACAUGAUCACCUUCACGCUGCAGAACGGCGUCGUGGCCACGCUGAGGACGAGCGGCACCGAACCGAAGAUCAAGUACUACACCGAGUUCUGCGCAGCGCCAGGGCAGAGCGAGGUGUCCACCCUAGAGGAGGAGCUCAGGAAGGUCACCGCUGCCCUGGUGGAUGAGUUCCUGGAGCCCGAGAAGAACAACCUGAUUCGCCGCCUGGUGUAGCACCGCCUGCUCGUACCUGAUACUGUUGAUGACAUCACAUCCUGUCAUGUGUGAAUCAGAGCAGCAGCUGCCUCAGUCUGGUGUUGGUGAACUAUGAACCCUGAAGAGAUUCAGAGAGCAAGUCUUCAGAUUCUUUCGUGUGAUUGGCUGUGAUGGAACCUCCUUAUGUCAGACAAACCUGACGUGGUGUUUGUGUAUGAGAAACAUUUAAAUCUUAUUUUAAGAUUAUUUUCAUGUUCUGGCAACAAAGCAACAAAUUAAUUUUCUUUAAAACAAAAAGUUUGACCAAAAGAAAAAAUGAAACAAAAGAUCAAAACGAAAUAUCGAAAUAGGACACGUGUGAGCAGAGCUCGUUAGUUUGCUUAAUUCAGCAGCAGUGCAUUAUGGGAGUUGGCCCUGAAUACUCUUUUCGUGUGGAUAUUUUGUUGUUGUUGUUGUUGUUGUUGUUCAGCCAUCUGUUCUUUUCAUCCAAAUUUAAAUGAAUAAAAUCGGCAGGCAGGACAAUUAAAUUAUUUUAUUUAUUUUAGUGUAAAAAUGCCAAAUAUUUUUUGUAGCUUUUUAAUUAUUUGUGACAGUAAAAUCUGUUGUUUUUUAUUUUUAUCCAGUUCUUGAUGUUUUAUGUUAAACAGAUUGUAGAAGCAGCUGUUGCUGAUAUUUAUUUUAAAUAUUGUUGAGAAAUAAAACAGAGCUGAGCUUGUUCUGAUGUCACAUUGACUGUUCGUUGGCCUGAGGUAAUUUAUUUUUCUACUCAAGGAGAUUAAAGAUGUUUAUGUGAGAGGAGGAGCUGCUGUUUCUGCUGUUGCGCAUUCGGCUCCAUGCAGAUGCUUUUAUUUUGUUAAAGAAAUGGUUGACGACAGCGUGAUGCCUCAUCUGUGUAUUACUGUCGCAGCUUCACUCAUACUGAAAAUAAAAUAAAAAUACUCCUAA